CAAAAGAAAUCCCUAGAGGGAGAUGCUGCCUUUCCCGUGAGCGGCAGCAGCUUCCUCGGAGCCUGCAGGAGCCCAGGCUUGGAUCAGCCGUCUGUUGCCAUGAAUGCUUCCUGCUGCCUGCUCUCGGCCCCGGCGCUGCCUAAUGGCUCCGAGCGCCUCACGGCCCCUUCCAGCAAUCAGAGCAGCAGGGGGUUCUGUGAGCAGGUCUUCAUCAAGCCUGAGGUCUUCCUGGCUCUGGGCAUCAUCAGCCUGCUGGAAAACGUCCUGGUGGUCCUGGCUGUGGUCAGGAAUGGCAACCUGCACUCCCCCAUGUACUUCUUCCUCUGCAGCCUGGCAGUGGCCGACAUGCUGGUGAGUGUGUCCAACGCCCUGGAGACCAUCAUGAUCGCCAUCAUCAACAGCAACUACCUGACCUUCGAGGACCAGUUUAUCCAACACAUGGACAACAUCUUCGACUCCAUGAUCUGCAUCUCCCUGGUAGCCUCCAUCUGCAACCUCCUGGCCAUUGCCGUCGACAGGUACGUCACCAUCUUCUACGCGCUCCGCUACCACAGUAUCAUGACGGUGAGGAAGGCGCUCGCCCUGAUCCUGGGCAUCUGGGUCUGCUGCGGCGUCUGCGGCGUGGUCUUCAUCGUCUACUCCGAGAGCAAGAUGGUCAUCGUGUGCCUCGUCACCAUGUUCUUCGCCAUGCUGCUUCUCAUGGGCAUCCUCUACGUGCACAUGUUCCUCUUUGCUCGGCUGCAUGUCAAGCGCAUUGCGGCACUGCCACCCGCCGAUGGGGUGGCCCCACAGCAGCACUCCUGCAUGAAGGGGGCCGUCACCAUCACCAUCCUGCUGGGGGUGUUCGUCUGCUGCUGGGCCCCCUUCUUCCUGCACCUGGUCCUCAUCAUUACCUGCCCCACCAACCCUUACUGCAUCUGCUACACUGCCCACUUCAACACCUACCUGGUCCUCAUCAUGUGCAACUCCGUCAUCGACCCCCUCAUUUAUGCCUUCCGGAGCCUGGAACUGCGCAACACCUUCAAGGAGAUUCUCUGUGGCUGCAGCAGCAUGAACUUGGGGUAG